AUGAGUGAAGGCAAAAGGACGGUGCUCCUGGCGAAGAAAAAACAUGACGAGGGAGCGACCGCCGUCACGAACAAAAACAUCCUCUUCAAGGAGUGCAAAAAUGCAAACGAAUUUCGGGAGACCUUUAUCAACAUCGAAACGGACUACAGUCUCGACAGUGAAAAAGAAAAAAACAACAUCCCGUUGCUGAAGGUAUUUAAAAAAAAGUUAAGGGAAGAGAAGGCUUGCACUAGAGUAUUGAUCCUCUUCCAAACAUCGAAGGAAGCAAGUAGCAGGAAUCGUCUGAAGGAGCAUCUGCUGAGCGUACUCGAGAAGGAUUACAAGAGAGCCAUCACCGGUGUGUGUAUCUUUCUACACGUUCACUCCAUCAUGCUGCUGGAAUGUUUGGAGACGAAAAAUGUCUUUUCUUUUAUCAGACAGCUAAACGGGGUGAAAAAUCUAUCCGGGGUGCAAAUCUUAUAUUUCAGCGAACUGAACAAGAAGAGCGUGACGGACGACUUCGCCUUCUUUGAGUACACUAAGGAACAGCCCAAUGCUGCGGCCCUCUCGGGAGAGCCGAACUACGUGGAAGAGGUCUGGGAGCUGUACAUAACCACUCUGCAGUUCUGCUGUCUCGUGAAGAACACCACAGAGAGCCAGGGAAUCUUCGACAAAAACGAAAACAUUAAAAAGAACUUCGCCAUGUUGCCCCAUUUCUAUAGCGACGCCGCGAGGAAGUACGUCUGGACCGUCGACGAUGGUCCGAAUUAUGCCACUCCUCCUACACAAUAUUAG